CCUGCCAGUAAUGUCUUUGAGAAACACACAGGCACAGUGAAGACUUCAGAGCUCACUGCUAUCCUGUUUCAGCUCAUAUCCUGUCUGUGACAAGGACAUAUGGACAAGGACAUCAUUCUAUCUGAAAGCACAGCAGCCUACUGUAAGCUACCAUAGAUGUCAUAGAGAAAUACUAAUUCUCUGCAGUUCAUUGCAUUCCAAUAACAGAAACCACAAGGGACUACAAGUUCAGGAAUAGGACAUUCUUCCAGUGAGUAGAGUAGCCUAUACCUCACAAUCAGAAGGCUACAAUGGCAGCCUCUCCAGUGGUUGGAUCCUUUGUGGCUGGGGACUAUGCUGUCUUUGCUCUGAUGCUGCUGGUGUCUGCAGCCAUCGGGGUGUACUAUGCCAUCGUCGGAAGGGGCCAGAGCAGCUCCAGAGAGUUUCUGAUGGGGGGCCAGAGUAUGACAGCCGUACCUGUGGCUUUGUCCCUGACUGCCAGCUUCAUGUCGGCUAUCACAGUGCUGGCCACCCCAGCCGAAGUGUACCGAUACGGGGCAAGCUACGGCCUCUUCAGCCUCUCCUAUGUGCUGGUGGUGGUGGUCAGCUCAGAGGUCUUCCUCCCUGUCUUCUACAGGCUGGGCAUCACAAGUACAUAUGAGUAUCUGGAGAUACGGUUCAACAGAGCCACCCGUCUGUUAGGGACAGUGAUGUUCAUUGUUCAGACUAUACUCUACAUGGGUAUAGUCAUUUAUGCUCCAGCUCUGGCAUUAAACCAAGUGACUGGGAUGGAUCUCUGGGGUGCUGUCAUUUCAACAGGAGUGGUCUGCACCUUUUACUGCACUAUGGGCGGUCUGAAGGCGGUGGUGUGGACGGACGUGUUCCAGGUGGGCAUCAUGGUGGCAGGCUUCCUAUCUGUCAUCAUCAGAGCCGUGGUCCUGCAGGGAGGAGUCUCCAACAUCCUCAUACACGCAGAGUUCGGAGGACGACUCAAUUUCUGGGACUUUGAUGCUAGUCCACUGAGGAGGCACACCUUCUGGACAAUCACGUUUGGAGGCACGUUUGUCUGGACCAGUAUCUACGGGAUCAACCAAGCCCAGGUGCAGAGAUACAUCUCCUGCAAAUCCAUGACUCACGCCAAAAUGUCUCUUUACAUAAACCUAUUAGGACUGUGGGUCAUCAUGCUGUGUUCUGUGUUUGCGGGGCUGUGUCUGUACUCUGUCUACAAGCACUGUGACCCCUGGACAGCAGGCAUGGUGUCUGCUCCAGAUCAGCUGAUGCCAUAUAUGGUGCUGGACAUCCUGAGAGACUACCCUGGAGUACCAGGAUUGUUUGUGGCUGCAGCCUUCAGUGGGACGCUAAGUACGGUAUCGUCCAGUGUCAAUGCUCUGGCUGCCGUGACUAUUGAAGAUCUGAUCAAACCGUACACACACAUGUCAGAGAAACACCUGUCCUGGAGCUCUAAAGGCCUCAGCUUUCUGUAUGGGGCUCUCUGUAUUGGAAUGGCUGGCAUAGCCUCACUAAUGGGAGGUCUGCUGCAGGCAGCUAUCAGUAUCUUUGGGAUCAUCGGAGGGCCUUUACUGGGUCUCUUCUCACUGGGGAUCCUCUGUCCAUACGCUAAUGCCACAGGGGGCUUGGCUGGUCUGCUCUCUGGGCUGGUUAUGUCUCUGUGGGUGGGGAUAGGGGCCCAGUUUUACCCUCCUCUACCAGAGCAGAGCAGGCCUCUACGUCUGACCACACAUGGUUGUAACUUCACAACCGCAGCCGACGCGUUCAACUGGACCGCAUCCCCAACAGAAACAAGCCUAUACACUACGGUACUACAGCAAAAUACAGCAGAGAGACCCUUCCUGGCUGAUACCUGGUACUCCCUGUCCUAUCUCUACUUCAGUCCUAUUGGGACACUUACAACACUGGCUGUUGGACUUGUGGUCAGUCUACUUUCAGGGGGUAUGAAGCUGAAGUUGGAACCAAGGGUGACUUUGAUGAAAGAAGAUACAAUGUUAUUUUGCUUUUACAAGCACUUUAAAGAAAGGGCCAUGAGACGAGCAGGAAAGCUGGACCUCACAAAGAACAGAGAGAAGAAAUUUGGAAACAAUAACCCCGGCUUAGGCAACGUCCACGAGUUGGAUUUCACAAAGAGCAGUCUUCCAUAACAUGCUGAUAAAACCAUGACUUAACAGUUUCUCUUUCUUCUCAUAUUUCUCCCUCCCCAGUGCUGCUGUUUUUCACGACUCAUGAAUGUCCUGACAGAUGGUAUCAAUAGCUCAUCUAUAUUCUCAUAUUUCUAUGAAUGUAGCAUACAUCACCAACUUGAAAAGUUAGGAUUGUUAAUAAUGAAAUAUCUUU